AGCCUGGGCUCUGAUUUUCACAUUUCUGAGCUGACUGCUGCUGAUACUGACACAGGUUAUGCUGUGUCGGUACUGCUAUGGGGAAAUAAUAGCUUUGUGAAGGGAUUAUUAUAAUCAAACCGCACCAGUUCUCUGAGUGAAAACCUUUCCAAGAGACUCCAAGAAUCAGUUUUGGCUGCAUUUCCAAAAAUAUCCCACUGCACAGGUCUUAUUAAACAAACCAAACUGAAUGUGAAUGACACCUUGGCACAGGUGGCUCUGGGUGUGCCUGGUCAGAGCACAGCAUUAAGGGUUCAUGGACUUGGGAUUUCCUUCAUCAUUUCACCACAACUUUUGUGACUUCACGAAAGUCACUGUCAACACAGCAGCUGCUCAGUUUCUGUGCCUGUGAAGUGAAAUCACGAAUUUUGGCUGCUGAGAAUUGAAUGUGGCUGGGGAUUUUCUCUACAGAAACAAUCCCAUGUGAUGAGAACUGGUGGGACUCAUCUUUGUACAAGCUAAAAACGCUUGAAAGAAAUCCCCAACCCCCUCCUUUUAGGCCACGGUCUAUUUUUGUGUUGUGUUUGAGGGAGAUUUUCAAGGUGUGCAGUAAUUUCCUGCCGGGUCAAACCCCACUGUGACAUUUGGUCACGCUGUCACUGUCACUGCAGACCCAGCGCUGUUACUGCGCGGGUUUGGGGUGCUUCAGGACUCUGGUACAUCCUCUCACAUCCAAGUGAGUGUGUGCACCUGGAUUCCAUCUCCUCUCCGACAGCGCUCGCUUCAGAUGGCUGAGAACACCCCCAGGAGCCUGCAGGACACCCCGGGCUCUUCCCCUGAUGAAAACGAGUUUCCCGUCGGGUACCCCACCAACAUUUGUGAGGAUGUGCCUGGUCAGAAGUUCCUGUGCAGUAACUGCAACAACAUCCUGAAGCAAGCCCUGCAGACGCUGUGUGGGCACAGGUACUGCUCUGCCUGCCUCGCCUGGAUCGUGCGAAACAAUAAAACUGCAAUUUGCCAGAAAUGUAAAGAGGAAGAUCCCAACACUUUAGGUGAGGAAAGCCUAUUGGCAGAAGAAAGGGCUUUUGGUGAUGCUGCCAUUAAUAAAGAGAUUUCUGAACUCAGAGUCCACUGUGUGACCCUUGGGUGCAGCUGGUCUGGUAUCAUGAAAGAUUUUGAAGAGCAUCAGAGUUUAUGUGAAUAUGCUUUGAUCCCUUGUCACACUGGCUGUGGGCACAUGGUGAUGAGAAGGAAGCUGGCAGAUCACUUGGAAAAUGGAUGUGUCAAUAAUGUGACAGUGUGUCAGCAGUGCCAGCGCAGCCUGGCCAGCUCUGAAUUCCAGGAGCAUUCAUGUGAAGGCAGUUUAUGCAAGGAACAAAAACCUGUGCAAGCAGAAACAGCAUCAAAGGAAAAGAGCCACUCUGCAUCCUCAGCCAACAAGGAUGGGUGUUGUUUUUCUGAAGUUGGCUGUGCAUUUAGGGGAAGCAAAGAGAAGCUAAAGGAACACGAGAAGUCCUCAGUGGGGACCCACAUGCUGCUCCUGCUGCAGCACAUCAGGCACCUGCAGGGAACCUUGUGCUCUGCUGCCAGAGCUGCACAGGGCUUCACCCCACAGCCACAGCUGGACUUGAGGAGCUCAGGAAAAAGCAUCUCUGACCUGCAGAUCCCAGCAGGGCUGGAAUUCAGCAGGGAUCCAGAAGUGGACUGUUUCCCUGGAUCCUCUGUUCCUGAAGACCAGUCUGUCCUGCAGCAGCUCAUGAGGGAGAAGGUGAUUUCUGAGCUGGAAAAUAAACUGCAUGUCUUUGAGAACAUUGUGGCAGUGCUCAAUAAGGAGGUGGAGAGCUCUAAUUUGGAAAUCCUGGCCUUCAGGAGACAGAGUGAACUGGACCAGAACAUAAUACGGAGCCUCGAACUGAAGAUUUCAGAGUUGCACCGGUGCCUGACGCAGAAGGACGCGGGCCUGAGCAGCCUGCACAAGAGCCUGGUGUUCUCUGAGCAAGCCUCCUACGAUGGCAUCUUCCUCUGGAAAAUCACAGAUGUUGGCAGGAAGCUCCAGGACUCUGUGACUGGCAGGACAGUCAGUUUCUACUCCCCAGCUUUCUACACUGCAAAAUAUGGCUACAAGGUGUGUCUGAGGGUGUACCUGAACGGGGAUGGCACAGGGAAAGGAACCCACAUGUCCCUGUUCUUCGUUGUCAUGAAAGGAGACUACGACGCUUUGCUCCCGUGGCCUUUCAGGCACAAGGUGACGUUUAUGUUGCUUGACCAAAAUAACAGGGAACACGUAAUCGAUGCCUUUCGCCCAGACCUGACUUCUGCUUCCUUCCAGAGGCCGGUGAAUGACAUGAAUGUGGCCAGUGGCUGCCCCAUGUUCCUGCCCUUGUCCAAACUGCAGUCCCCCAAACACGCCUACGUGAAGGAGGACACGCUUUUCCUCAAGUGCAUCAUAGAAACCAAUUAGCAAAUCCUGAAAUAUGCUUGCCUGGGGAAGUCACUUGCUGGAUGUCAGUAGAUUAUGAGGAGAAAAGCAUCCCUUUGA